AUUCGUUACUCUUUUAAUAGUCAGUUGCAAUAGUUGGUAGCUCUUUUUUUUAUUUGUUUACAAGCAAUGUGUAUCGCUGAAUAAGGAUAGAAGCGAAGGGCGUCACCCCAAUCCCGCCACCCACAAGCACGGCAACCUCAAACUGAUACCAGUCUUGAUGGCCUUCACCAAACGGUCCCUCUAUGCGAAUCUGCUGGAACAGAGAAGUGCAGGAUGAUCCUCUUACCUUGUGCUGCAGUCCAGCUUGUGUCAUCAUGUCUUCGACGAUGUUGUUCAGAUCGCCUUCCUUCACGUCUGUGCUCACCGUCUCGAUCAAGGACCUGGCUCGGAGAUUCACACCCGAAACAGCGAGCGAGCUGUGCAAGAAGGGAAGCUGGCAGAUAAAGCAGCAGGAAGUGCCGUGUGGCAACACUCGUUGCAGCUGUGGCCUGAGACAGGAAGUGGUUUCCAGUGGAAGGCUGCAGACAUGCUACACUCUCGUAUCUCCCAGCUAGACUGGUGUUAGUGGAACGUACAAGCGAAGAUUAUAUCAUCAAGCCUUGGUGUAAUGCUACGGACACUAUGUACAGCUUAUCAGAAAAAGUGUGGUGGUUUUCACUGCUCUCUCGUUUGUUUGUUCUGACUCUCUCAGCAUUAGCAAAUGUGCUUUUACCCAACCAUGAACCUGGGGUGUUUCUCAGCCCAAAGGACCCCCUGGACACUAGAAAAUCAGUAGCUGAUGACGUUGUAGAGGUUUUGUUUGGUGGCUUGUUGCGUUGGGAUGCCCAGUAUUUCCUCCAUAUCGCAAAGUAUGGCUACACGUACGAAAACUGCUUGGCUUUUUUCCCCCUGUACCCACUGCUGGUGCGGUAUUUUGCUUUGCUCCUACACCACGCACUGUAUUCUGUCCUCUCUUACCAUUCCGUUGUUACGAUUAGUGCGGUCAUCAUCAACUUGGUUGCUUUCGUGCAGUCUGCCGUUGUGCUGUUCAGACUGGGCUUGUGUGUGUUGAAAGAUGAAGCCUAUUCUUAUAAGGCAGCCAUUUUGUACUGCGUGAACCCUGCCAGCAUUUUCUUCUCAGCUCCUUAUUCGGAGAGCUUAUUCGCUUUGUUAACAUUUUAUGGCAUGCUGAAGUGUGUGAAAACAAAAGGUGGCGAAGAAUUGUCUCUUCAGUGCGGGCUUCUGUUUGGUCUUUCGGCUGUCUGCAGAUCAAAUGGACUCCUAAACGUUGGCUUCAUAGUAUAUGAAAAACUAGUCAUAUUUAUUCAGUUUAUCAGCUUGAAGUUUGUUCAUAAUUAUAUUAUAAUCAAAAACAGUUCAAUCUUAAUGCUACCACUUUUAAUGUUUCCAUUUAUUGUUUCACUUAUUUCUUUUAUCCUUACAACACUUUUGUCUCUCAUUCCAUUUAUAGGCUUUCAGAUGUAUGGCUAUGAUAAGUUUUGCUCUGUGCACAGACACAAUCUCCCACAGUUCAUCACUGCUUAUGCUAAAGCAAACAGAUUUAAAUUACCAGGUGUGAAACGUAGAAACUCACUUCGUCAUUGGUGUGCUUCAUCUAUUCCUCUGGCAUAUUCAUAUGUGCAACAACAUUAUUGGGAUGUAGGUUUUCUGAGGUACUAUCAUUGGAAGCAGAUACCUAAUUUUCUUCUAGCAUUUCCCAUGGCAGUUAUAAUUCUUUAUUAUUCUGUAAAAUAUUUGAACGAGAAUCGGCAGCAUUUUUUGUGUUCUUUGAUGAGUGUUACGAGGCACAAAAAGGAUGAGGAGAAGGAGAAAGUUAGUACGAAAUCAAAAUUUUGUGCAGCAAUGUUUGUGUUUAUUGUUCAUGCAUUAUUUGUGACAUGUUUUUGCAUUUUGUGCAUCCAUGUUCAAGUGACCACCCGCCUGGUGGCAUCGGCCAGUCCCAUAUUGUACUGGUUCACUUCGAGCGUGUUUCCGAGCUGUGGCGGAAGUGCCCCUUCUGACAGGCUAGCAGCUCAUUUGAGUUGCAACACCAAGAGCAGGUCGUCAAAGCAGUUCAGGCCGGAGGUGGUGGAAACAACAGCCAACUUGAACAGUUGGUGGAAAGUUUUUAUUUUGUCACGUAGCUCCUUGCCCAUCAUGGCACGUGUUGUGAGAGUGUAUUUCUUUUUUUAUUUGGUAACAGGAACUGUUUUGUUUUCAAAUUUCUAUCCAUGGACAUGAUCGCUGUCAAUGGCAUCGUGAGUUUGGAAAGCAUUAUAUGACAUGGGUUUCACAUUGCACAGCCAUGCACAUUUAGGCUGCAAGAUAAAAAACAGUUGUUUGUAUAACAUAUAGAAUAAAUUUAAAUAAUAUUUAGAUAUAUAUAUAUAUAUAUAUAUUACAUGUAAAACAGAAGGAAAAAAUCUGUGUUUAUUUAAAAUUCUUACUUUUAUGUUGUAACUGUUUCUUUAAUCAAGAAUCUAAGAGAUAUUCACUUGUGUUUAUCACUAUGAAAUUGUAACUUUAGUGUUGGUUGAUUGAAUUUCAAGAACCACAAUGAUGGUGAAAAUAUAAGUAAUAAAAUUAGUAAAAAAAAAUAUUUUGUGUUUUAUGUAAAGAUUAUGAUUUUAAUAUAUUUCAUUUUUAUGUGUAUGGUUUGUUUAUUUUAAUUUUGUUCUGCUAAAAUAAUAUAAAUUAAAAAAAAAGUAAUUUUUAAAAACAAAUGGUAGUAACCAAACAGUGGUUAGUCAAAUAGGAAUUGAAAGCAGUAAGGUGUGCAUUACUUUUAACCUCAUUAUUUGAUAUUUACAUGGCACUCUCUUUAACUUUUUAAGUGACUUCACUUGUAUAAAAUAUAACAAAAAAUUUAUUGCAUUUCUUUUGCUUAGUAAUUGGUACAGCCACAUUUUUUUACAACUUUUUCAAUGUACAACUAAGGAUAAAAAACUGUAUUGCAAGAUUGAAACUUUUCAGGUUCAUAUUCAAUGCUACUGGCAAAUUCAUGAUUUAGUUGAAAUUUCUUCCAUAGAGUUAUUUAUUUAUUUUUUAAAAAUUUUGUUUGGAGUUUUAAACACUUAACAUUUUCACGAUUUUUUUACUUUUAUGUAAAGGAAAAAAAAUUUCUCUGAAGGAACUUCCAGCCUUUUUAUGUCACAGGGUGAUCCAGGAAUAGUCAUGUGGUUUUAAAUAUCCAUGUAAAUCAUUUACUAGCCUGGGAAAUACAUGUUAAUACAGGCAAUGUAAAUGAAAUGGUUAGAAAAGGCUUGUCCUCUGUUACUUACUUACUGUGCCAUGCACAUUGUGAUUGGGUACAGUCAUUAAGUUGUGUUGCUGUUGUUUCAAAUAUUUUGGAGCAAAGCAUAUAAAGAUGAAUUCAGUCUGUGAUAAAGCCUCAGAGUGUGGCAUAAGAAAUAUCACUUUGUACAUACUUGCCGGGCUUUUUGUUACUGUGUAAAUUUUUUGUUAUGUCAAUAAAGAAUAAUUUAAUGUCAGUAUGUGCAACGCUAAGUAAUUAUGCCAGUGCCAGGAAAAGGAGAUUAUAAGUUUUGUGAGGAAUCAGAGAAUUCUGUUUGUGGGUUUUAGAAUUUAAACAUUGGUCCCCUUUCAUCAUCUACUUCUAGUUUGAGAGUAGAAAGUGUACAUCUUUGUAUAGCUAAAUGGAAAAAAAAAGUUUCUCUAAUUUUUUACCUGUUGAAAGAAAACUUGGUGCACACAGUGUGUGAGUGAGAUGUUAGCUUCAGUGAAAGAGACAGAGCAUCAACAAUCAUCUAUCAUCUAGCUGAGGAAAAUUUAAAGUCUUGAAAUACAGGCUUGAAUUUGGGAACAGUUAACAAUCAAAUUAUCAAAAACUUUCUACUGAUAGAGGGAAAACCUGUUCAAAAACAUACAAUGAUAUCUUCACGAAUUCAUUUUGCACCUGGCUGGAUGAUAGUUAUGUGCCAGAUUUUAUUCUUCAUUUUCUGAAUUCUUAUGAGAUGUCUCUCUUGUUCUUUUGAACAAGUUUAUAAUUUGGUCACUCUUUUGCUAAUUUUUUAUGAUGGCAUAGGUUUAUAGAAGCUUUGUCUAAAGAACUGUCUGCAGUACAGUUUUCAAAGUAAUGUAAAGUUAUAAUAAGUACCUAUUUAAAGCAAACAUGUGAUCAAAUGAAGCAGAGAGAGGAAAUUGAAAUUAUUUUAGCUACAUACAAUGUGUAAUAAAGAAAAAAAUCAGGAUGUUAUAAUGACAAAAUGUGUUAUGUAAAUUGUCUU